CAACCAGGGCACAACCCGCGGUAUGCUACUAGCAAGCUGCUACAUCUCCAUUUACAGCGGCUAACUAAGAUACAGCAGGAAUGAAGGGAUGCUGAGGGAGGCUGUUGUUUGCUCAGACAACAAAUAGCAGCUAGUGUGUCCACAGGCAAACCUUUGGUCGUCUCCUUUAAAAGCGUAUCUUCAGAGUACACGGACACACACAGGAUGUAAACGGAGAGACAGCCACAUGUGUACCAGCAAGGAGGGAAGAUGGCACUGGUUGUGGUCUGUGCAUUCCUGUGCCUGUGCUGCUGGGUGUCUUUCUACUUCAUCUUGUGCAAUGUUAACGGGUCAAGGAGCUACGAAUGGAACUGUCGCCUUGUCACCCUGGUGCACGGCAUCCUGGCGGUCUGCAUCACAGCGUACAUAGGCUACGUGGACGGACCCUGGCCCUUCACUUAUCCAGGUACUAAGAACACUCCUCUGCAGAUAAGUGCCAUGGUGGUAAGCCUGGGCUACUUUAUUUUUGAUAUGGCCUGGUGCGUGUACUUCCGCACAGAGGGGCCCGUUAUGCUGGCCCACCACACCAUGAGCAUCCUGGGAAUCCUUCUCACCCUGUGGUUGGGGGAGUCUGGCAUAGAGUCCUGCGCGGUCCUCUUUGGCAGUGAAAUCACCAACCCCCUCCUGCAGGCGCGCUGGUUCCUCAAACAGACGGGACAUUACGGGACUCUGCUGGGGGACGUCGUGGACGUCCUGUUUGUGCUGCUGUUUGUGGUGAUGCGAAUCUUCGUGGGAGGCACAAUGCUUUAUUGUGAGCUGAUCUCCCCUAGACCCAGAUUCUUCAUCAAGUGUGGGGGAGUGGCAAUGUACGCGCUCUCCUGGGUCUUUAUGGUAGACAUUGUUCGAUUUGCCAGACGCAAGAGCAAAACCUGGCAAAAACAGAAGAGAGAUCACCAAGAGACUGUAGCAGCUAAUGGUCAUGAAGGGAAGAAGGACUGAUUGGCUUUGAUAUGUCUAUGUUUUUCACUUUGGACACACAAUGAAAAGGAAUCAACUUUGUGUAUGUUAACUUAGGAUUAAAAAGGGAUUUUUAAAAUCAGUAUACUAUGGCAUCUCUUUGUAAGGUCCAACACCUUUGCAUUUUGAAAGAAAUUCCUUUUUUUACGCAGGUGUUGCAGCUAAACAUGUUAGAAUAUUACGUAAAAGGUGCAAUUAACAAACACAGAUGGAGUUUAUGUCAAUGAAAACCAAAGCACUUUCUAUAAACACAUGAGCAGAUGUUGCAGUGAACUGUGGCCUAGUCAUAUGUGGUGCUGCUGUUCCAAAGGGAAGUUCACUAUUGGGAAAGAAACAGUUUACAUGUAAAGGCCGUGGUCCCUGAGAAACAUCUUAGUCAUAUCAGAAAUUUAGGAUCGGUUUCCUCUCAAGUCUUUUUUAGAGUGUGUGAAACCUUAAGCAGUUUUGAAAGGUAUACUCAGGGAAAUGAAGUAAUGUCAGAUAGUCAGAGUGAAUUCCAGAUAAAUGUGUGUGAUGUGUUUCAUUACUUUGCUUAAUCUUGUUUAUAGUAAUUCUUCUAAGCUUUUUCCUGCUGUCUGAAAUCCAACUCCAGAGUGUGCCCCUAAAAACAGUUAAUUUAUUUUAUUUCACUCGUGUAACGGGAUACACGAGGAACCUCUCAAUUACAUAGUUUUACACUGGUGUUGUUAUGAUUUUGCGUCCAUUUGGAUAUUUAUUUUAACUAUAAUUACCUGCAGUUGUUUGGUGAAAUGGUCCCAGAACUUGUACAAUAUAUAGUAUUUUAAGUUAUUUGAAAUGUCUGUUUUCCCCGAUACCAACAAUGCGAGUGUGGCCCUACGUGAUUAAUCUUUUAGACAAAAGAUCUGCAGUCUGUACUGAAAGCUCCCAGUUAAUUGAAUUUAGUACAGGAUUUGUUUCAGUCUCACAGAGAUCUUGUCAGACAUCGUCGAGACUUGACAAUUAUGUCGUGAGCUAUCUCUACAGCGCGCCAAUCUUUUGUCUGACUCCUGCUUCAGUUUUUUUUUUUUUUUUCAGAUGCAGCACCUGUAAACAUUUUUGAAAUGUGCUGCCCUUCACUACAUUUGCCUUAUUCUCUGAGAGAAGCAUCUGCUGCUGUCAAGGCCAACCGUCACGGGAUAAAGGCAGAUGACUUGAUUUAUAUAGAGAGUAUAAUGACUGAGUACCCUCCAUUGCCAAGAACGUUAUGAAACUACCAGCUUUUAUGUUUGUGUGUAUUAUGAGAAAAUUUUGUUUGUUAUUUUACUGCACAUGUAUUUCUGCCGUAAAACACGUCAUCUCUAUAUUUGUCAUUUAUAUUUGACAUGCUACUCUUAUACAAGGUCUGUUUACCGGUCUUAGGAAUCUCUGUGUGCAUCACCGUUAUAUCCUAGAAAGUACAAAUCUAACUGGUGUGUGCCUUAGUUAUCUGAAUGUACCUUCCUAAUGUUUUUCUUCUCUUGGGCUGUACUGUAAACUUUCCAGCACAAGAGUUGGUGUACUGCAGAACUAUUUUGGGAUUUCAUGAUUCACCUUUGUAAUCCCUGUUUAGAACGAAAUAAAAAUGUGACAUGUUAUUGGUUUGUUUUGAAAGUCAA